AUGUUGUGGUUAUUUACGCUGGUAGUCGGGUACUUGGGUUAUCUGCUGCUCAAGUACCACCAACACCGACAGAAGCUAUUGGCAAUACGAGACAAGUUUGGAGGUCCCGACACGGACUACUUUUUGGGAACGUUUAAAAUAUUUAAAAACAAAAGCAUUCCAGAUAUAUUCGACAUUGUGAUUGGAAUGCACAAACGUUAUGGCCAGGAUGUGGCGAUUAUUGGUGCCUUCAACGACCUGGUGCUGGAUCUUUCGAGCUCAAAAAAUGUGGAAAAAAUCCUGCUAGCUAAAACCACCAAGAAAUCGUUCGUGUACGAUUAUCUGGAGCCGUGGUUAGGGACGGGUCUGCUAAUCUCGUUCGGCGAAAAGUGGUUCCAGCGACGUAAGAUAAUAACGCCAGCGUUCCACUUCAAAAUAUUGGACCAGUUUAUGGACGUGUUUAAUGAGGAAGCGGACGUGCUGGUAUCAAAGCUGGAGAAGCACGUUGACAAGGGCGAGUUCGACAUCUACGACUAUGUGACACUGUACGCUUUGGACAGUAUUUGUGCAACUUCCAUGGGUGUUCGCAUCCAUGCUCAGGACGAUCCCAACAACGAGUACGUACAGGCUGUCAAGCAGAUGAGUGUGUUCUUUCUACGACGCGUGUUUAGCCUGUUACGUCAGUUCCCGUCACUCUUCUUCCUAUAUCCAUUCGCCAAGGAACAGGGUCGAGUCAUCAAGAAGUUGCAUCACUUCACCAAUUCCGUUAUCGAAAAUAGACGGUCACAGCUCGAGAAAGAACAACACCUGGGGCAGGUGGAGUUCGACGUGGAUGAGGAUGAUCUUUACUCGAAGCGUCGCAACACAUUCCUCGAUCAGCUGCUGAAGGUGUCGAUCGAUGGUAAACCACUCAGUACUGCCGACAUUCGCGAGGAGGUGGACACGUUCAUGUUCGAAGGACACGACACAACGACUUCCGGCAUUUCGUUCACUAUUCUGCAUCUGGCUAAAUAUCAGGACGUGCAACAGAAGCUGUACGAGGAAAUUGACCGAAUAUUGGGAGAUGAAAAGCAGAAAAUUCCUCUGUCGAAUGCGAUGCUGCAAGAUUUUAAGUACCUCGAUAUGGUGAUAAAGGAAUCGUUGAGGCUCGUACCACCGGUACCAAUCAUUGGUCGAAAGCUGUUGGAGGACAUGGAAAUCAACGGUACUACCAUCCCGGCGGGCACAUCGAUUUCAAUCAAAAUCUUCAACAUCCACCGCAACCCGACCGUCUUUCCCGAUCCGGAACGAUUCGACCCGGAACGGUUCUCGGAAGCGAACGAAAUCAAGCGAGGACCGUAUGACUACAUCCCGUUCAGUGCGGGCUCGAGAAACUGUAUUGGACAGCGGUACGCACUGCUGGAGAUGAAGGUUACGAUCGUGAAGCUGCUGGCCAGCUAUCAGAUCCUGCCGGGUGAAUCGGGCCGUCGCAUGCGGUAUAAGACGGAUCUGGUGAUCCGGCCGACCGAGGGCAUCCCGGUGAAGCUGGUGAGACGUGCGUGA